AUGUUCAUUUUAGAUCGAAGCCAACCAAUCGUUCAAGUUAGACUAAUCGCAAUUGAUUCUUUGACAACAACAACAAAACUUAUCGGAAAUAGAUCUAUCUAUCUAUCUAUCUAUCUAUCUAUCUAUCUAUCUAUCUAUUUCAUCAUUAUCUAUCUAUCUAUCUAUCUAUCUAUCUAUCUAUCUAUCUAUCUAUCUAACACUCUCUUCAUUGUCUAUCUAACACUCUCUUCAUUAUCUAUCUAUCUAUCUAUCUAUCUAUCUAUCUAUCUAUCUAUCUAUCUAUUUUCUUUUCGAUUUUGUUAUGUGAUGGAGAUAUCACUUAUUCUGCUUUCAAUUUGCAAGAAUAGUGACGAAUUAUCUAAUACUUUCACGAAGGAAAAUAAUAAUAAUAAUAAAAAAAACAUUAUAUCACCCAAACACUCAUAUGCAUAUCUAUCUAUCUAUCUAUCUAUCUAUGUGGACGUUUUUAUGUGUAUAAUCUUCCUGGACUACUUAAUUGUUUUAUUUACAUAA